CUGAUAGUCGAAAAAACGACUGACUACCCGUCGGCUGAGUACUCCUUGGUGGAGGAUGUAGCCCUCCACUUCACGUGUUUGAUGGACAGACUGAACGAGCAGCGCCUCUUUCAGCCGGACCUGUGCGACGUGGACAUCGUGCUGGUGCAGCACAAGAGCAUCUUCCCGGCACACAAGGGGGUUCUGGCGGCCUAUAGCCAGUUCUUCCACUCCCUCUUCACCCAGAACAAGCAGCUGCAGCGCGUGGAGCUCUCCCUGGAGGCCCUCACCUCGCAGGGCCUCCAGCAGAUCCUCAACUUCAUCUACACCUCCAAGCUCCUCGUCAACUCCUGCAAUGUGCAGGACGUGCUGAAUGCGGCCGCUGUGCUGCAGAUGAACAACAUCGCCUCCUCCUGCCAGGACCUCCUGGACGCCAACGUCCCUUUCUCGGUGCGGGUAGAGGAUGGAGCAGGCGGUGGGACGCUCCCCGCUGGCCCAACCAAGCAGUACUACAAGGAGGAGAAGGAUGGCGGCGCGGGUGCCGUGUGCAAGAUGGAAGGUGAAGAGUCCGAGGAGGACCUGGACAGCCAGGGCUCCUACAACCGGGAGCAGAUCAUCGUGGAGGUGAACCUCAACAACCAGACCCUCAACGUCUCCAAGGGCAUGGAG